CCCAUCUUUCUUUCUUUUAUUGUGGAUCUUUAAACGGAGAAAUAAAAAUAGGAAUUUCAAAAAAACAAAAAUAGACGUUAUUUGAAUUUGGUUUAGUCGUUUUUUUGAAUUCAGAAAACAAAACGGGAGAACGGCUCUUUUUUUUUACCGUUUAUUUGUUUUUAGUUUGUAACUACAAACGAAAAAAGGUGUUUUUCUCGUUAUUUCGUUUUGUGGUUCAAGUGAAAAAUCAAACUAUAAAAACGUACACAAUUCCAGUAGCAGCUUGAAGCUACUUGGUUGCUAUAGCAACGGACCAACACGGCUGUCUCGAGCUUUAGAAGUAGCUAGCUAACUAGCUAGCUAGGUUUACAAAGGACUAAAGUAAAGGUGUUUGAGUAAGUUCUUUCCAGUCUUUCUGAAGUCAUAUCCUUUGUUUUCACGUUUCUUUCAUGUAGAGUCAACUUCUUACCCUUCUGUUUCUGAAAGUUAAUGUUAGCCAACUAGCAGCUAACGUUAGCUACAUUGUGCUAUUUCAGAUUUUGGUUUAAAAAAGAUUGCAGAUGGAGACCUCACAGAGUAGAGAUGGCAGAGGACUGUGGAACAACCCCAGAGCCACCCAGUACAGCAAGAAGACCCAGGAUCUGCUGAGAUUAAUGAUGCAGGAAUCAAAACUCACUAACCUCCAGAGAAAGCAGAUCAACGAAUGCCUCAAGAAUGGAGCUGCUUUACCACUGACCUCUGAGUCCACAUCAUCAGCUCCUGCCCCUCAGCCUAAAACCAGUAAAUCUGUCCAGAAACGUCUGCCAGGGAUUCCUCGGAGACGCAGCGCUGAAUCUUGUCGCUCUGGGAACAGCUACGUCAGAGAAAAGUUCCAUCCUGGUCCUAUAAGGGACUCAGAGAAAGAGAAGAGGAGGCUUCAAAAUAUAUUGGCAACGGGAAAAGAAGAGCCAACAGUUGCAGCUUUCCAAAAUGUUGGUGCAUGUCGGAACCUAGAAGCGGCAGAGCAGAAAGACGAGUAUCAGGAAGUUUUGGAUGAGAUAGAGGAGAGAAGACAGUUUCUGGCAGAUAUGACCUCUCUGGGUUUGGAGAAGCAGUACAUCAACAUCAUCACCACUGAGAUAUCCCAGAGGAUUCGACAACUGCAGGUGUUGGACAAGGCCCGCAGUCCCAACAAGCACGAAAUGACAUCUGAGAGGAAAGGGGAGACUGCAGAACAGAUGACCGAAACAAUAGAUUUGAAAGAGGCCAGAGGAGAGAAGACUCACUGCCACUGACUGAGCACUUAAAAAUCAGGUGCAAGCAAUACAACUUCAAAUUCAGAUUAUGAAUGGGUCGAGUUCAGCGUGACAUAAUGAAUUUUGUGGUAAUGUUUGCAAAGAGGUUUCAGCUGACCCACUGCGCAGCAGUGAAAGCAUUAAACUUACAAGAAACAUCAACUACUUGCAUUGAGUUAUUUUAUUUCCUCUGUCUUCCAGUGUCAGUGUUCUUCUUAUAAUCCUGCUGCUGUUUUAGGACAAUGUAUAACUGACACAUGUGGUGCUACACAAGCCCUUUGUUCCAGCUGGACAGGAAGACUAGCACAUAGAAGAAACAGAGAUUAACAUUUCAAAUGGAGGACAAAUAGACAAUCUAACUGCUGGAACAGGAACGAGUAAACAUACUGACAUUUACAUAAGCUUAAAUGACGCUCAUCCACACAUGUAAUUAAAUAAAUGGCACUCGUACAAACAUUAACACAUUAUUUUCCUAUCCACUUUUAAGGCAAAAAUGGAAACAUACAGAAAGGCAUAGUAAAAUAUAAAUUAAUGAUUGCAUAUUGAGGUUUUACCCAACUGUUAAAAGUUAUAAGCUAGUGCUACAUUUGUCAAAAAACUGUAUAUUUGCCUUUUCUAAUAUUCAUUAUAACGUGUGACCUUUCAUAUCAAUAAACUUUCUGACAUCUGCAGUUGAUUGGUUUCCACAAGUCUCUCCUGUAGACCUCACAUUUUUUUUAAAUCAAUCUGAUUUUAAGUCUCCCACUUUGUUUCCAGUCGCACGCGCACACACACACACACUAAUACUGUAUCUACGUUUAUCCAUGUCUUUGAUGAUAUGCAUUUACAUAAAUGACUCCAUCGCAAAACUGUCCAAGAUGAAACUAAAAACAAGGAAACCACAGACGAUCAUCACAUAG